AUGGUCCUGUUUAAGUUCAGAGAGUACAAGGUGGCAGUGACGGGAAAUAUCCGCGAGAUGUUCUUCCAGGUAGACAUGAACCCUCGCGACCAGCGCAGCCAAAUGUUCUUAUGGAACGACGGGAAACUCGGUAGCGACCCACAGCAUUACGUACUAAAAGUGAUGACAUUCGGUGCCGCGUGUUCACCCAGCACCGCACAUUACGUCAAGAACAUAAAUGCGGAAAGGUUCGAGGCUACACUACCCAAAGCUGUGGAGUGUAUAAAGUACGAGCAUUACGUGGACGACAUGCUCGCGAGCGUAGAAACAGAGCAAGAAGCCAUAAAUCUAGCCCGUGACGUCCAGUAUAUACACUCCCAAGGCGGGUUUGAGAUACGGAAUUGGCUGUCCAAUUCCACCACGGUGAAAAUGUUGUUGAAUGGCAACGAGAACAACGGAGUGGACAUUCCUGUCGAGAGCGAAAUGUCGACGGAAAAGGUCCUUGGAAUGUGGUGGAACACAGCGACGGACGUGUUCACGUUUAAAAUAUCCCCGAGGUACGAUCCACGAGUGCUGCUUGGUGAGCGAGCACCUACGAAGAGGAUAGUACUAAAAACGCUUAUGGCAAUUUAUGAUCCCUUGAGGCUAAUAGGAAACUUCCUCAUGUAUCUGAAGAUACUUCUACAGGAGUUUUGGCGCGCUAAGAGCCCAUGGGAUGACGAGGUUAUCGGACACCUCGCCGUUAAGUGGCAAAUCUGGGUAACCGCGUUGCCCAAUGUUCAAAGAGUCAGCGUCCCAAGGUGUUAUCGGAGUAAGACGACGGCCAACGCAGAAAGAGUAGAGCUCCACAUGUUCUGCGACGCCAGUGAAAAUGGGGCAUCAGCCGUCGCCUACCUACGAUUCGAGGAAAACGGUGUGAUCGAGUGCGCCCUAGUAGGCUCAAAGACGAAGGUGGCCCCUAUUACGUUCGUUUCCAUCCCACGACUCGAACUUCAGGCCGCAGUCAUAGGUGCCCGCUUAGCAGAGACGAUACAGUUAUCCCACCGAAUUGCUAUAACUCACCGAUUCCUCUGGACGGAUUCGCGCACCGUUAUGAGUUGGUUGCUAUCCGACCAUCGCCGAUACAGCCAGUUCGUGGCAGUUAGGGUCAGUGAGCUACUAGAUACUACAAACCCGGAAAAGUGGAACUGGCUAUCUACACGGCUCAACGUAGCGGAUGAAGGAACAAAAUGGCAAAAGCCACCAGACCUCAGCCCCUCGAGUAGGUGGUUCCGUGGGCCUGAUUUCCUAUGGGAACCAAAGGAUCAGUGGCCCAUAGUCGAACAAAAACCCGGAGAGACAAGCGAGGAGAUUCGACAUAGCCUGCUACAUCACACGGUCACGACGCCAAAUAUCGAGUUCACCAGAUUCUCAAAGUGGCAACGGCUACUAAGGGCGGUAGCUUAUGUAUACCGCUUUUUGGGAAAUUGCAGGAAGGGCAUAGCCAAAGAGCAUAAGCAACUUGAUAGCCUGACGCAUGAAGAGCUGGAGCGUGCAGAAAACGCAAUUUAUCGAGAUGUACAAAGAUCUGAGUAUGCCGACGAGAUACAUGUACUCAGCAGUAAAGAAUGUGUGAAGCAUCCUUGGAAGCGACCACUGCAGAAAUCGAGCCCGCUGUAUAAGCUAAGCCCGAUGCUGGAUGUGAAUGGAGUGCUACGCAUCAAAGGCAGGAUCGAGAAAUGUGUAUGGGUCGGCGAGGAUACCAAGCGCCCCAUAAUUCUCCCCCGACGGCACUACGUCACUGAACUGCUGAUUAACAGUUACCACAGCAAGUACAAGCACGCCAAUCACCAAACAGUCGUCAAUGAGGUCCGCCUUAAGUAUCACAUCCCGCAGCUCAAGGCCACGUACAACCAGCCGCUGCUGUCUCCAUAG